UGGCUUGCACUGACGUCACUUCCGCCAACGCUGGGUUAGGUUUCCGCCAUAUCGGAGCACCCGGAGCACCACCAUAUGGCACCACGCUGUUAGUCGUAUGCGAAUGGCACUGUUUUGCAAUGGCUAUUUGCGCAGUUGUUGGGUGUUACAACCGCAGUAAAAGCAGCUCGAGGAAGGAGUCGGCAAACACGAACCUUUUUCGGCUUCCGAAGGUUGUGGAAUGGCAAGACGAACGAACGAAAGCACUUAGCUCGAAGCGGCGCAGCCUGUGGCUUGCGCGUAUCAAGCGUGCUGAUCUCAAGGGCGAUCUCCCAAACAUUCGAGUGUGCGGCGCCCACUUUGUAACAGGGAGACCGUCCAAGCUCUGUGAAGGAACGAACCCGGACUGGGUGCCAACGCUUUUGCUAGGCUACAAAGCAAAUAAUGAAGGCACUGCGCGCUACGAGCGUGCUGCAAGGCGAUGGUUUAAACGAACGACUCCCGAGGUCGACGCGGUGACCGCUGCACCGGCAAGAGCUUUUGGAGUCGGCGCAACGCCACCCGAAAACCGCUACGACGGCGGUGACGACGACCGCACAUACGCAGACAGCCCGUUGAAAACUGUUGAAAUCAAAAGAUACAUGAUGUAAACAAUGCAGAAAUAUCGAUCCAAAUAAAGCAUGGAAAGUACGCACAUCAUUCUCCCAGCCACAAAACACUCGCGCAAGCUGCAUAUCCUGUUUGAAAAUUUUCAGACCCUAGCACAUAAACUCCGCUUUUCGUGAUUGUUAAAUGGGCAGUAUCAGUUCGUUUCUUCUCUGCACCAAGCUCCAAUCUUGCGUGUCUCCUGCACGCACCACUGACUAACCAGGGAAUGCCUCUGAAUGUUAUAAACAAAAUGCGGCAUGGAAAACGGGGGCUGCAGCCUACAUCUCCUAGUAGGAGCACCUUUUCUCCUUGCAGCCGCUUCGCCGACAGUGUUUUCACCCAACCGCUUGUGAA